AUGUACGGGUCCAACAGCUAUGUUCCUGAUGGCAGUGGCCCUGCUAUACUAAACACUCUUAGCCAGAUGUUGUGCAAAGGUGCUGUUGUCGAGCACACCACCAAAAGCCGAACUGAAAUAUAUCAAAUACCUAGUGGGAAUGUGGAAUCUUUGGUAACAACAUUCCGUUUCUUUACAAUGAACUUCCGGGUAUUGCCGACCUACAGGAAACAGGUCCCGCAAGAUAUGGAACAGUGUCGAAUAGAUGUGGAUUCUGUACGAGCUCUUUCUGCAGAUCGAGCAGAUUGUUCAAAGACGACACCCCUCGACAAAAAUGCGUCAGGGAAUAACAAUGGCAACGGAACAUACAUGAAUGUCGAAUAUUCUUUUUUUCACCACUCGUCUUCAUUUGCGAUUUCCAUCCUCUUUCGGCUGGCAUUUUCUUCGAGGAAAGUGCCUCCGGAAAUGCGUCCAAGGAUAAAAGGCUCAGACGAAGGCAACAACGACGAAACGUUAGCCGUAAUAAAGACUGUUAACAAUUUUGGCUAUUGUUCGACACAUUGUGAAUCGAAUACUUGUAAAUGGAAAUUCUUUCUCGCUGUGUUACAGAAAUCAAAGGCUUUUUGCGGUGAAAAUGUAUUAAACUAG